AUGGCUAUGAAUUUUGGGUAUGGUAAUGGUGUGAUAUGCAACUUUAAAUUUCAAUAUGGACAUGGUGUGAUGUAUGGAUAUGAAUCUAUUCAUGGAAAUGGUGUGAUGUAUGGCUAUGCUUUUGGGUAUGGGAAUGAUGUGAUGUAUGGCUAUGAAUUUGGGCAUGGAAAUGGUGUGAAGUACAGUUAUGAAUCUGGGCAUGAAAAUAGUGUGAUGUAUGGCUAUGAAUCUGGGCAUGGAAAUAGUGUGAUGCAUGGCUAUGAAUCUGGGCAUGGAAAUGGUGUGAUGUAUGGCUUUGAAUUUGGACAUGGAAAUGGUGUGAUGUAUGGCUAUGAAUUUUGGCAUCGAAAUGGUGAGCAUGGAAAUGGUCUCAUGUAUGGCUUUAGAUUUGGGCAAGGCAAUAGUGUAAUGAACAGCUAUGAAUUUGAGGAAGGAAAUGGUGUGUUGUAUGGCUAUGAACUUAGUAAUGAAAAUGAUGUGAUGUAUUGA